UUCUUUGUAAAUAAAAUGAAUUUCGAUAUUUUUAUUUUAAUACUGUAUCUUUUUUUCGCAAAUGGCCCCCAUCGGUACUAUCAAGUCUUAUCCUGAAAACCCUCGCGUUGCUAGAGCUCAAAUUACUGCUGAAUACAGUGGUGUUGAAUUCAAUGAUGUUUCUCCUGAAUUCUUAGCCAAAUUCCCUAUGGGUAAGGUUCCUGCUAUGGAAUCCGCUGAAGUUAACCUCUUUGAAUCUUCUGCCAUUGCCUACUAUGCUGCUGCUCAAAAAGAAAACAACCCUCUUCUCGGUAGCAACGCCAUUGAAAAAGCCGAAGUCCUUCAAUGGGUCCUCUUUGCUGAUAAUGAGAUCAACAACAACGUUGGUGCUUGGAUCUAUCCUCUCUUGGGUUACUUCCCCUAUAUUAAGCCCAAUGUUGAUGCUGCUACUGAAAGAGUUAAGAGAGCCUUAGCUGCCCUUAACAAGACUCUUCAAACCAAGACAUACCUUGUUGGUGAAGCUGUUACUUUCGCUGAUAUCACUCUUGUUACUUCUUUGGUCUUGGCCUUCAAGACUGUCCUUGACAAGUCUCUCCGUAACGAAUAUAAGAACGUCACUCGUUACUUCACUACUGUUGCUUCUAAGGAUAUCUUCAAGAAGUACCUUGGUGAACUUCAACUUUGUGAAACUCCUUUGAAGUACACUCCUCCUAAGAAGGAGAAGAAGCCUGCUGCUCCUAAGGAAGCUGCUCCCAAGAAGGAAGCUGCUGCCCCUAAGGAAGAUGCUGAAGAGGCUAAGCCUGCUCCUAAGCCCAAGUCCAAGUUGGACUUGUUGCCUCCCUCUCCUUUCAUCUUGGAUGCUUGGAAGCGUGAAUACUCCAACAAUGAUACUAAGGAUGCCAUCAAGUGGUUCUGGGAACACUUUGAUCCGAGGUACAACGACGAAUUGACCUUGACUUUCAUGUCCAACAACUUGAUUGGUGGUUUCUAUGCUCGUCUUGAACGUGCUCACAAGUACGCUUUUGCCUCUAUGAUUGUUCGUGGUGAAAAUAACAAGAAUACUAUCUCUGGUUACUUCGUCAUUCGUGGCCAAGAAGUUCCUUUCGAAAUCUAUGAUGCUGCUGAUUAUGAAUCUUACAACUUCCAAAAGAUUGAACCUUCUCAAUAUGAAGAAAAGAAGGAAGAAAUCUACAAGUACUUUGCUUGGGACUUUGAAGACUGUGUUGACGGUAAGGUCUUCAAAUAAACACGAUGCAUUUUUUGAAAAUAAAAUAAAAAUUUAAUAAUAAAAACAACCAAUAAUUCAAGCUGUAA